CCGAAGUCCCCAUUCGUCAAAGCAAUAUUUCUGUACGACGAAAAAGGAACUCUCCCUGUUUCUUCUUCUUUCUUUUUGCAGCUCGCCGGUAGUUCUCCGAUCAGGUUAUUCUUCGCCGGAAACCUUACUUCGAUGGCUCAGAAUCUCAAGGUUCUAAUAAUUGGUGGAACUGGUUACAUCGGAAAAUUCAUUGUACAAGCUAGCGCCAAAGCCGGUCAUCCUACCUAUGCAUUGAUCCGCAAGUCUUCGCUCGGAAGCUCUGCCAAGUCUCAAAUCAUCAAUCAUUUCAAAAGCCUAGGGGUCAAUUUUCUCUUCGGCGAUCUCUUCGACAAUGAGAGUUUGGUUAAGGCGAUAAAGCAAGUUGAUGUGGUGAUAUCCACCCUCGGUGGUCAUAUGGUUCCCCAUCAACAUAAGAUCCUAUCUGCUAUCAAACAAGCUGGCAAUGUCAAGAGAUUCUUUCCUACGGAGUUCGGCAACGAUGCCGAUCACAUCGACGCGGUGGAGCCAGCAAAAUCAAUGUACACUGCAAAGGCUGAAUUUCGUAGGGUUGUUGAGGCUGAGGGAAUCCCACACACAUUCGUGGUAUGCAAUUUCUUCGAUGGUUACUUUCUUAGCAACUUGUCUCAGCCAGAUGCAUCCGUCCCACCUAGAGACAAAGUCGUAAUCUUAGGGGAUGGAACUCCCAAAGUGAUUUACAACAAGGAAGAAGACGUUGGGACGUACACCAUCCGAGCAAUAGAUGAUCCAAGAACCCUCAACAAGAUCAUGUACAUUAGACCCGCAGCCAACAUCUACUCGACCAACGAUCUGGUCUCGCUGUGGGAAAGAAAAAUUGGCAAGACUCUUAGAAGGGUCUAUGUCCCAGAGGAGGAGGUGUUGAAGAACAUCCAAGAGGCCUCAUAUCCACUUAAUAUAGAAUUGGCACUCUGUCACACUGCACAGGUGAGGGGAUCUCAAACUAACUUUGAUAUUGAGCCAUCUUUUGGAGUGGAAGCUUCAGCGCUGUACCCAGAUGUUCGAUAUACAACUGUGGAAGAAUACCUCGACCAGUUUGUCUAAAUAAAAUCAAACAGCCCCCAUACCCUUUUUCCCUUGAUCUUUUUGGUAUAAUGGGUGUACGAAGCUGUGUUCUAUAGUUAUGUAUAAUAAGUAAAUGUUCUCAUUUGAAAGCCGAGGUUCUUACUGAUGGCCUCACCAACCCACAAUUGGCUAUUUUUGAAUGAGUGCAUUUCCUCUGACAGUGAGUGUUGAAAUGUUGACCAAUCUGUACGGUUAGCGAAAUAAAUCUGUUGAAGUUAAUAGUUUCAC